AUGCGGCAGAAAAUCGAUAGCCUCGCGUCAGAUCAAAGAUCGGCGUGAGUUUCAAGAAACAAACUUUUGAACAAACAUUUACAGCAGAGAUGUCGAACUAAGAGGAAAUGGUCGGAGUGGCGACGGAUUCGGAGAAGUGGAAGCUUCCGAGGGAAGGCGACGAAGGAGAGUCGAGCGUGAUCGCGGAACUCGGACGGAGGAAUGGCUGACGGAUUGGAACGAGGUCAGCUGGAAAGAAAGAAGGAACAGGACGAGAUGGUUCGGUCGGGCGGGUAGUCAGAGUCGUUGAAGCGGUAGAGGCAGAGACGAGAAAGAGACUGCGGGAUAUGACAGACGUCUCAGACCUGGAGAGAGAUUUUAUCGCGGAGCCGAUGAACGCGUUUUCGCGGGAACUCCAGAAACGAUUCGAGGAAAUCGGGGAGAACAAGUGGCAGCGGGAAGUGAUGCGAGUGAUGGAGUCGGCGCAGUUAGAGACCGUCGAGCAGUUGCAAGAAUUAGUCACGAGUGGGGAGGCGCGGGAAAGUGAUGAAAGCAAAGGGCGGAGAAGCGCGAAGAACUCAACGGAGUACAGGAAACUGAGAGAAUAAUAUGGUAUUUUGCAGGCAGAAAUGGCCGCGGAGACGGACAAACUGAGCAAGACCAUCGAUCGGUUGGAAACGGAGAAGGAGGCGUUGCAAAGACGCUUGGAGAAGGCCGAGAAGGCGGUGAAAGCCGAGAGGAAAACGGCGGAGCAGACGAAAGCCGACCUUCUGGGAUGCCAGGGUAGACUGGACGAUUUGCUGAACAGGAAACCACAGUCGAUUCAUUUCGCGAGUUGCCUGAAUUGAUGGACCCUUCUCAACUCGUGAUAUUGUCCUUUAACUCCAACGGAUGCCUUUCCGAUACUCAAUAACACAGAUUCUGGGGAACAAUGUUUAUUGUCGGAGGAAAAGACGUUGGCUAAAAAACCUCCACAUCCUAUUUACGAACCGACACACGGAACGAGCGAUGUCUCCAGAAAUGGAUAGGAUUCUAAUUACAGGAUACAGAAUAGUGGUUACUUACGGCUACGCGCGGCUCUAACUCCAACUCCUCACUAGAAGUGUUCGCAAUCCGUCUGCAGCCGCACGGUGUACACGUGUGACCUCGGGAGCUAAAACCCUUCUCCAUCUCCCGCUCAUACACCGAGUCAAUCAUCGCCGUGCCGCCUCACAUGUGAGAACAAUAUUAGUGAUAAACAAGUAGAAAAGUAAUGAGAAAAGGGGAAGAUUGUCGCGUGCAUCUGCCACUGCUCGACGACACGAGCUCCCGAACCGAUCGUCUGCCACUGAUCGUCUCCAAACCCGAGAAGCGAGUCCUCGCUCCGAAUCCCAAAACCUGCACUCGAUUUCAAGGCGCAGGUCGCUACCAUUUUGGGUCUCGACGCGCCCGAUCUACCGCAGGUCCCCGCCGUCUGCGUCUCUACAGCGGCGUGAGUCUCGGCGAGAGUCUGUGCGUCUCCGGCCGCCACAUGUUCUCUCGUCUCUUGGCUAUUGAGUGGGAACGAACACCGAAUAAAUUCAUUAGUAGAACAUGAAAACUUGACAGACGGGAGUCUGUCGUUGGUAAUCGAGCCUUAGGCCUCGUUACCAACAUAAAAGGUUGAGAGGGAUGUCGCUAUUGGGCGAUCCCUCGCCCAAUACAACUUCAAGACAACUUCAAGAGGUCUGGAAAGCCGACGAGGUACGGGGCGAAAGACAGACAGAAGCGUGGACUGGCGAGGAAGUCGCAGGAUAGGAGGUCGGAGACAAAAGAAAGUGCGGGAGAAGCAGGUCGGAGUCUUCCCUAAAAAUCAUUUUCAGUCCCAUACUGGACGAGCGACGAAGUGUGCGCAUGGCUCUCUUCGAUCGGAAUGUCCGAAUACGGAUCGACAUUCCGGAAAAACGACAUUCAAGGAUCCGAAUUGAUGCAUUUAGAACGGUCGGACAUUCUCGAGAUUGGCAUCAACAAAAUCGGAUAUGUCAAGCGACUACAGGUACCACCCAAGCAUCACAAAUACCCCUCAACACCAUCUUUUUCAGUCGGCCAUCCUCGAACUAAAGGCCCACAAUCAACGGGCUCGACGAGCACAAGCCCGCAAGAAACGGCCAGUCGCGAAGGAUUACAAACCGGAAGCGGCGGCCGGCGGAAGCGCGGACAAGCGGAAGGAGUCGAGUGCGGAACGGUAUCCCCUUCUAGAAUGUCUCAUAUCAAUUUCGCUUUACUAG